AUGGGCAGGAUCAUCUUUUACGAGGACAAGAACUUCCAGGGUCGCCGGUAUGAGUGCGACAGUGACUGCUCCGACUUCCACGCCUACCUGAACCGCUGCAACUCCAUCCGGGUGGAGAGCGGGGCCUGGGUGGUGUACGAGCGCCCCAACUACAUGGGCUACCAGUAUGUGCUGAACCGCGGAGAGUACCCAGACUACCAGCGCUGGAUGGGCCUCAACGACCGCCUCAGCUCCUGCAAGAUGGUGCACUUUGUGAGUCCCCAGUACAAGAUCAAGUUCUACGACAAGCCCGAGUUUGCGGGCCAGGCCUACGAGGCCAGUGAGGACUGCCCAUCCGUGCUGGAGCAAUUCCGCCUGCGCGAGGUCCACUCCUGCAAGGUCGUGGAGGGCUUCUGGGUCUUCUACGAGCACCCCAACUUCCGCGGGCGCCAGUACUUCCUGGAGAAGGGUGACUACCGCAAGCCAGCUAAUUGGGGCGCCGUCUGUGCCACCGUGCAGUCCUUCCGCCGUCUCACCGAGUGA